CUCAAUUUGGUCUCUCUGGAGAUUAUAAAAACCUCUAAUGCUAAAACACAGCAGAGUAAAAGGGUGGAUAGAAAGAAAAUUACUGUAAGAAAUUAUACCUUACACCAUGUACACUACGUCAGCGGUGCACUGUAGGAACAAACCGAGAUGAGGUUAGCAGGGCGGCGAUCCAAGAUGAGCAUAUGAUGAAUGAGGAUCACAGGAACCAAAAAAAAACAAAAAGCUUGUAUAUAUAAACUAAACCAGGCCAGGCCUAUCCUGCCCUACUGCUCAUCUGGCCUCCACAUCCAUUGCCUUCUCUUCGGCUUUUAAUCUCAAUCCUCAGCUCACCACAAUGGAAGGCUUCUCAUACCAGCAGUACCACCCUUUCCUUCUCGACUUUGCUGCAAUUCCAACCACCCCCUUGGAGAUGCUUCUCCCCCUAGAGCAAGUUGGAGAGAUGAGCAAUGACUCCUCUUCUCCCUUCCCUUGCUACUACUCUCCUGAAGUCAACGCAGAGGUCUCAGCUACUGAUGCCAGUGCCUACCAGAGCAGCAGCUCUCUUGAUACUUCCUUGAAAGCUCCUUCAGUUGAGAGCAAGAGGACUCCUUCCUCGGUGGUAGUUGAACCCCAUGAUGAGAAGGUCUGCAAACAACGAGGUCCUAUGGAGAAGAAAAGGAAGGCCGGAGAUGGGACAAGCUUGUCUUCUGGUCAAUCCAAUGAAAGUAAGAGGAGCAAGCAGAGAAAACCCAAUAGUAAGUUGAAGGGAAAAGAGGACAAGAAGCCCAAGGAUGAUGAUUCCAAAGCCACAAAGGCUGGCGAAGAACCCCCUGCAGGGUACAUUCAUGUAAGAGCCAGGAGAGGUCAAGCAACAGAUAGUCACAGCCUUGCAGAAAGGGCCAGAAGGGAGAAGAUAAGAGUGAGAAUGAGGAUGCUGCAAGGCCUUGUUCCUGGCUGUGAUAAGGUUAAUGGAAAUGCCCUUAUGCUAGAUGAGAUAAUUAACUAUGUGAGAUCUUUGCAGAACCAGGUUCAGUUUCUUUCCAUGAAGCUCGCUUCUGUGAAUCCCAUAUUAUACAACUUUGGAGUGGAUAUUGAUGACUCCAUGAACAAACCAGAGAUGGAGAUCAUACCACAGCAAGUGCCACUUGUGAACCAAACCACUCACAUCCAGCCUCCAUCUAUUGAGAAUGCUGCCAAGAACUACCAAAUAGAAGAUCCUUCAGAUCCUCUUUUACUAAAUUGCCAGCAACCCACAGCCUUCUCACAGGAUGGUGGCAGUUUUAUGAUGCAGGUGGGAGGACAGAGACAUCAAUUUCUCAAUAAAGUAGAUUUCACCAAUAUGUGCUCUUUUCAGUAGAUAAAGAAGAGCCUUUGAUGCCCUUGUACGUGAAAGAGAUGCUCCUGCGGCCAUAGGGGAGACAACUGCACAAGAUACCUAGGUGGAAUGGUAGCUUUCAUUGUUCUUGUAAUGGUUUUUCACUACGAUGCCUUGGUCUGAUUCCACGUGAAGGAGAGUCUCCUCGGAAGAAAAGCCGACAACAAUAAGGCCAUAUCUCCUGGGGAUCGUUGCUGCUGGCUUAUUGGACCAGUAGGUUUCUGCACAAAUUCUGAAGGACUGGUCCUGAUCUUAAUCCUCAAAAAGUAAUAAUAAGAAAAAUUUAAAGAGCUGUUUACGUUAUUAGAGUCUCUCUUUUUUUUGUAAUCUUUACAGUUUUACACAGGAAGAGAAGAUAAGGGUCUUUUCUUGAAUCAUAUGAAGCUGAUAAGCCCAGACAUUAAGAUGAAGUUUGUUUGCUACUUU